AUGUCGUCGGCUACUACUACCAAGAUUUAUGGAGUUUCCCAACCAAUCUCAACUAAUGCUCCAACGAAAUCUGAUUUCAAGUUAACGGAUUCUCUCAAUGAAUCUCUCCACAAAUUUAACUGCUACGAGUCAAAAGAGGAAUCCAUGACGCGUGUCAAAGUGCUUUCUAAGCUGAAUGCUCUCGUCAAGCGAUGGAUCAAAACUCUCACAGCUCAACGGAUUCCAAAUGGUCAUGAAUUGAAUACAGGAGGAAAAUUGAAUUCAUUCGGAUCCUAUCGACUCGGAGUUCACAAUUCGGGAGCAGAUAUUGACGCUCUUGUCAUUGCACCGAGACAUGUAACACGUCUAGACUUCUUCACGUCAUUCAAAAAGAUGCUUUUGGAGAAUUCGUCAGUGAAGAAUCUGGAGUGUGUUGAGAACGCCUUCGUUCCAAUCAUGACGUUGGCUUUCGAUGGAAUCGAUAUCGACUUACUGUUCGCAAGACUCGAAUUUACUAAAAUUCCAGAUGAUCUCGAUUUGUCCAAUGACUCAAUUCUCCAAAAUUUGGAUGAAUCAUCCAUCAGAAGUCUAAAUGGAUGCAGAGUAGCGGAAUCGUUACUCAAAUUAGUUCCCAACCGGAAGUCCUUCUGCAUGACACUUCGAGCCAUCAAACUUUGGGCCAAGAAUCACGGAGUUUAUUCGAAUGCAAUGGGAUUCUUCGGAGGAAUCACUUGGGCAAUUCUCGUGGCACGAACAUGUCAACUGUACCCGAACGCAGCUCCAUCGAGAUUGAUUCAGAAGGUCUUUUUUGUAUUCUCAACUUGGAAAUGGCCAUCUCCAGUGAUUCUGAAGCAUUUCAAUGAAUCGAAGAUGUCUACUCUCAACAAUCUUGUGUGGGAUCCAAGAAUCAACUACUCCGAUCGUUUCCAUCUGAUGCCAAUCAUUACUCCAGCAUUCCCAGAGCAAAACUCAACUCACAAUGUGUCUAAAUCAACUCUUCAUAUUAUUCAAGAAGAGAUGAAAUCGGCAUUGAUCAUCUGCGACCAGAUUCACGCUGGAAAUGCCACGUGGAAUAAUUUAUUCGAAGAAGUCAACUUCUUCAGUCGUUAUCGUCAUUUUGUGGCACUCUCGAUGAAUGAAGAAAGCAAUGAGGGAUUUUUCGAGUCAAGAAUUCGGCAACUUGUUCAAAUUAUGGAGAGAAACUGUCAAGUGAAACUAGCACACAUCAAUCCAAAGAAGUUCAAGAGUGUCCAGAAUGUAUCUGUCUGGUUUUUGGGACUCGAACUUAUCGAGAAUGUGAAGAAUUCGGAUUUGACUGCGGAGAUUGAAGGAUUCAAAAAGAAUGUUGAAAAGCAAGCAAAAGGAAUUCAAAUCACUCUCGAUGCUACCUAUGUCAAGAGAUCGGAUUUGAUUAAAUGGAUUCCAGUUGCCGAUUUGAAAAAGGGACGAUUCGUGAACAAGUCAACUGGAACUACUACUAGUAAGAAGCGCCCAGUCUCUUCGUCCCCACCGUCAUCAGAAGUCUCUCAAAUUGCUGCCAAGAAGCCGUGCAUCGAUAUUAAUGGCCCUUUCAUCAAGAUGAAGUCUAAUAAUUGA